AUGGAGCCAUGCAGCAGUCUGAGCCUGAGUCUGUUCCUGGGCCUGAUGUAUCCGCACCUGCUCCUCGACAUCCCUGCCAUCAACUGGCGAGUGACCACUCCUCCUACUAGGAAGCAUUCACGAUUAGAUACACUUAGCACUCGAGAUGCGAUACUAGGACCAGGUGUACCUAAUGAACCUACCUUCUUACAAGAAGAAGAAGAAGAGGAAGAAGAAGAAGAAGAAGAGUUACUUCUAGGUUGCUGUGCUACUACUACGUAUGCUUACUCAGUGCGAACGAGCAACUCAUGUCAAGGCGUGGAUUCCGCGGCCAACCCUCAACCAUCACCAAAUGGCCCAGCUUUCUUUUUGAUGGAUCGUGGCCGGAUCUAUCCAACCAUGCCGCCCGAUCCAGGUUGUCUGCAGACUGCUGUCCACAAGUCAUUUCCUUCUCACCUGCGCACGACCCUGCUUCCGGCCACGGCCAUGGCCACGGUCAUAACCACAACCACAGCCACACAAGUUCGCUCUCUCUCCCGCGCGCGCACUACUCACGGCCGCACGUCAAUCGGCGAGCUAGCUAGGAGCUAG